AUGCCCGCGCCGACAAAUCUAACCGUACGCCUUUCCGUCUGGGAGCUUUGGAUAGCGGGCCGAACGAAGACGCAGAUCCGUGAUCAACUCUGCCGAUUCCACCUGUCCAUGCGCACAAUUCACCGUAUCGUCACCAACGGCGAAAAGGCUCUCGAGGCAGGCGUCGACAUCGAGGAAGCACUCCAACCCAGCGUAUCGACGGGGCGUCCGCGGAUGCUGGACGAUGAGGCCGUCAAUACCCUCGUGCAAGAGGCCCUCGACAACUCAUCGAUGACUCUCCAGAUGCACGCCGAUAAGUGGCGCGUCUCGCCAGCGACGAUAACGAAAGCUCUCGAGGACAGGGGCGUCGUCAGGCGCUCGCCGACUGCCAUGUUUCGUCGUACGGGAUCCCGUACCGCCGUUAACGUUGGGGACAGAGCCGUCGUGGCACCGGAGACGCCGGUGCGGGCCGCUCGCGCAAAGACGACUCCGCAACGGGACCCGAAGACGCCUCUGCAACCUACGAAACAGAUGCCCCUGCAACGUACGCAGAACACGUCGGCUGCGCCGUUGCAGGUUCGUGCGCCUUCGCCGACGGCGGCCGAGACCCCACCAUCUCUGCCGCAUGCGAAGAAGCCUCGAUCAUGUUGA